AUGCCAAUUCAUAAGGUCAGAGAACUCCAUGCCCUCCUAGAUUUGCCGGUUGUCGCCCGUUACUACAUCCGGAUCGGUGACGACCCAUUAACGGAAGAGCAAAAAGAACAUAACCGUAUAUCCCGCCACACUGCGGAGUUGAGUAUCGAAUUCAAUAGUAUUCAAUUGAAACUUUGCUGCCUCCUUGAUGAUAAGCUCUUCGUCGCCGAGAGCCUCCAAUAUGUCGCGUCAAAGAUGGCCGGCACUAAAAUUCAGACCGCGAGUCCUAAGAUCGAACGUAUGGAGACAAGACAGGGAUUAACAUUGAGUGAAAAGACGGAUAUCCUUAACGUCAGGCUCCGGGACGCCAGCUUGGGCCACCAAACCGAUAUAGAAACGCUGCGAAUGCUCAACAGAUAUCUUAUAUCCCAGGCUCACUGCAAGCCUAUGGAAUAUCCCGAAUCAGAUACACCGGAGCUCUUCUACCGCGCCUUCAAAUGUGGAAGCCAUGGCCGCCAUAGUGUGGAACUAGGUUUUCGUUCUUCUAAUCAGCCUCUGACUCCUCCUGUGUAUCAUGAUGGCACUCUACUCAACAGCUUGCUGGUGAACAAAGAUUCUUUGACGAACCAAUGCGAGGGAAAUUUGCCAUCAGAUCUUAUUCCGUUAUCUGACAGCCCGUCAAGGGUGUUGAAUAUUAUAAGAUCGUGGGACUACAGCGACAGAGAAGGAGACAUGAUAGCAGUAAUCAAUGUCUCAAAGCUUCUCGCGAUGCAAGUUCUUUUUAAUCGCACUACAACGCUAGCGGAGAAGCUUGAAAUGAACCUUUGGAACAGACUUACGUUCAGCCUGCAGCCCUAA